CUCUGAGCUGCUUAUUCCCCCCCAUUUAAUUUUCCAGCAAAUUCUUCUCCUUAUAAAUUUUAUUUUUACAAAACUAUCUUAAGAAAAUACAAGUGAAUCCGUAUAAAUAAUCGGAGACUCUUCAACAGUUUCUCCGACCUCCAACAAAAUUCAGAUUUUUGAACUUUCCCACUUUGGAGUCUUUUUUUGUUCACACCACUCAUAAAUCUUUGGAUAUGGCGUCGAGUCAGUGGACAAAGUCGGAGGAUAAGAUGUUCGAGCAUGCUUUGGUGCUUUUCCCUGAAGGUUCUCCUAACCGGUGGGAGAUUAUAGCCGACCAGCUACAGAAAUCUGCUGGUGAAGUUAGGGAGCAUUACGAGGCCUUGGUGCAUGAUGUCAUCGAGAUCGAGUCUGGCAGAGUCCAUGUCCCGCAUUAUAUGGAUGACUCGGCGGUUCAGAUCUCGUUUGAGUCUAAACACGGAGAGAACGAGCGGAAAAGAGGAACUCCUUGGUCGGAAAGCGAACACAAGCUGUUUCUGGUCGGAUUAAAGAGAUAUGGUAAAGGAGAUUGGAGGAGCAUAUCUAGGAACGUGGUGGUAACGAGGACACCCACGCAAGUCGCUAGUCAUGCUCAGAAAUAUUUCCUUAGACAGAACUCGGGGAAGAAAGAGAGGAAAAGGUCGAGCAUACACGACAUAACUACGGUCGAUACUAGCUUAGCCAUGCAUGGUUCCAACAUGGACUGGAAUGGGCAGCAUGAUAGCCCUGUUCAGCCUCAGCAGCAACAGAUCAUGUCUGAGUUUGGUCAGCAAUUAACACCGGGUGGCCAUUUUGAGGAUUUCAGUUUUCAGAUGUGAUGAAAGAAGGAAAUGAAAUUGCCGAUGUUUUAGUUUGUUAGCGUUUUACACAUUUUGUUGUGAAUAGGAAAGCAAUAACAUUGGGUAUUUGCUGAUGAAGAUGGUAAUGAAAGACUAAAAUAGCGAGGAAAGAUUUUUGCAACACGCAAAUACGUUUGGUACCA